GUCAUUUAAGCUAGCUUGCAUUGUGCCGGUGGUUUGUAAACAUGGAAAACUCGAACAGCACGGAAAAUGCUGCUACAAUCAAACCAGAUGCAGGAAUACCACCAGACACUGUCGCUGAUCCGUUCAGCAACCAGGAAUAUCUUCAAAGAAAACUGUACUUCCUUUUAGAGCAUCUUAAAAAAAUGCACGGCGAUCUGCCAGAACAGUAUCAAAUGAGAAUAUCUUACGAUCUAUUAGCUGGCCUGGCGAACUCUUUGCUAAACGAUACGAUCUUUGAAAUCGUAAAAGGAUUGAUGGAAAUUCAGCAUGUAACCGAGGCUCAUUUGAUGCAAGUGCGCGAAAAAGUCGAAAAUGACCACCAGCUCGAAUUGAAACAAUGGGAAUCGAAAAUACAGGAUCCCGAAGAGCUAGAGCAUAUUGUAGCUCUGAUGAAAAUCAAGCAUGGAAAGAAUAUGAAGGAAACCGAUAUGAAACUAGUUCUUCAUCUCGAUCAGAAAGUUAAAGAUCAACAAUCCACUCUGGAAAAAGCAGGCGUUCCUGGAUUUUACGUCACAGACAAUCCAAAAGAAAUCAAAAUUCAGAUGUAUUUAUUGGAUUUCAUUCUACGACUUAGUCGAAUUAAGUUUGAAUCGAACAAAUAGCAUACGGAUGAAUUUGGAUUAAUACUGGCUGAUCCGGAGACAGGUAAUUUUCUCAAGCUUAGCUAAUACAAGAACCCAACGUUAGAAAAGGCCUUUCGCCUGGAUAACAAUCAUUACAUGGUAGUGGUGGAAAUCGGUUGGUUGUGUAUGGGUAGUUUGUGCAUGUGUGUGUGAAAACAUUGACGUCGGCAGAUUUAUGCUACGAUCUGGAACAUGUGGCUGUAGGAGACGGGAAUAAAGCAAGCCGCAUCUUCCGUAGCUGCUACAACUUCUGUUUCUUUGCUGAUUUUCGCACGCUUAAUGUCAUUCGUUUCAACAGCUGAUGCAAAAUUGUAAAACUCUAUACAUUCGGUACAUGUAAAUGCUACAUAUGCUAAACUACAACUGCAUACGGCAGCUGAUGUAUAGCAUAAAGUCAAUGACCUACUAAUACAUAGGACACAAAGCAGUUUUAUGUACUUUCAAAACAUGUUUUUUACAAUCGUUAAAAGCACGUGAUCGGACAUUUGGGCGCCUUUUUGUUUAAGAAAGUAAUAAUCAGCACAAUUACAAUCACGUUAUCAAACCAAAGCAAAAGACGCUCUUGUAUAAAGCAUCAUAUAUGCCGCUCUUGGCAACGACUUAAUUAUAUAUGUAAGUUAUUAAACAACAAAAACUAUAGAAAUAAAAAUCCUAGAUAUAAAAAUAAUAUAUCUGAGUAGUUA